GUGGGGCCGCCCCGCCCCUCCGGCCCCGCGGCCCCGCCCCCGUCCGCCCCGCCCGCCUCAGGUGGGGCUGCGCGGCCCGCCCCGCUUCCUCGGGCGGCGUCCGGCAGCUUCUCUUCUCCUCGCAGAAGGGCAGGGCGGCGCCGCCGCAAGUUUUGACAUUUUGGCAGCGGAGGCGCUCGCGGGCACUCUCGGGCCGACGGCUGCGGCGGCGGCCAACCCUCCGGAGCCCCUUAGUCGCGCCCCGGCGCUCCCGCUGCCCGGAGUCCGGCGGCCACGAGGCCCAGCCGCGUUCUCCCGCGCUUGCUCGCCCGGCGGCCGCAGCCAUGUCCCGGGGGCCCGAGGAGGUGAACCGGCUGACGGAGAGCACCUACCGGAAUGUUAUGGAACAGUUCAAUCCUGGGCUGCGAAAUUUAAUAAACCUGGGGAAAAAUUAUGAGAAAGCUGUAAAUGCUAUGAUCCUGGCAGGAAAAGCCUACUACGAUGGAGUGGCCAAGAUCGGUGAGAUUGCCACCGGGUCCCCCGUGUCGACUGAACUGGGACAUGUCCUCAUAGAGAUUUCAAGUACCCACAAGAAACUCAACGAGAGUCUUGAUGAAAAUUUUAAAAAAUUCCACAAAGAGAUUAUCCAUGAGCUGGAGAAGAAGAUAGAACUUGACGUGAAAUAUAUGAACGCAACUCUAAAAAGAUACCAAACAGAACACAAGAAUAAAUUAGAGUCUUUGGAGAAAUCCCAGGCUGAGUUGAAGAAGAUCAGAAGGAAAAGCCAAGGAGGCCGAAACGCUCUCAAAUAUGAACACAAAGAAAUUGAGUACGUGGAGACCGUUACUUCUCGUCAGAGUGAAAUCCAGAAAUUCAUUGCAGAUGGUUGCAAAGAAGCUCUGCUUGAAGAGAAGAGGCGCUUCUGCUUUCUGGUUGAUAAGCACUGUGGCUUUACAAACCACAUACAUUAUUAUCACUUACAGUCUGCAGAACUACUGAAUUCCAAGCUGCCCCGGUGGCAGGAGACCUGUGUUGAUGCCAUCAAAGUGCCAGAGAAAAUCAUGAAUAUGAUCGAAGAAAUAAAGACCCCAGCCUCUACUCCCGUGUCCGGAACACCUCAGCCUUCACCCAUGAUCGAGAGAAGCAAUGUGAUGAGGAAAGAUUACGACACCCUUUCUAAAUGCUCACCAAAGAUGCCACCCGCUCCUUCAGGCAGAGCAUAUACCAGUCCCUUGAUCGAUAUGUUUAAUAACCCAGCCACGGCUGCACCGAAUUCACAAAAGAUAAAUAAUUCAACAGGUACUUCCGAAGAUCCCAGUUUACAGCGAUCAGUUUCGGUUGCAACGGGACUGAACAUGAUGAAGAAGCAGAAAGUGAAGACCAUCUUCCCGCACACUGCGGGCGCCAACAAGACCUUACUCAGCUUUGCACAGGGAGACGUCAUCACGCUGCUCAUCCCCGAAGAGAAGGAUGGCUGGCUUUAUGGAGAACAUGACGUGUCCAAGGCGAGGGGUUGGUUCCCGUCGUCAUACACGAAGUUGCUGGAAGAAAAUGAGACGGAAGCAGUGACUGUGCCCACACCAAGCCCCACGCCAGUGAGAAGCAUCAGCACCGUGAACUUGUCUGAGAACAGCAGUGUUGUCAUCCCCCCACCUGACUACUUGGAAUGCUUGUCCAUGGGGGCAGCUGCCGACAGGAGAGCAGACGCGGCCAGAACGACAUCCACCUUUAAGGCCCCAGCGUCCAAGCCCGAGACCACAGCCCCUAACGAUGCCAACGGGACUGCAAAGCCGCCUUUUCUCAGCGGAGAAAACCCCUUUGCCACUGUGAAACUCCGCCCAACCGUGACGAAUGAUCGCUCGGCACCCAUCAUUCGAUGAGAAGACGGCCAAGGGCUCUCCCGGGCCUCUCCGGUUCUCCCUCGCGGAAUGAUGGGCACGUCCUAACUCUAAUGUCGCCUGCCUAAGCAAAGCAUGCUUCUCUGUUUCACGUAGUUGGGUUGACACGGUUCUGCCUUUAAGAUAAAUGAGUAAUAGUCUAAUGACCAACUCAGUCAUUUAAAAUAUUUUCUUCCUAUUCUGUUCAAGAAACAGUAAAACUUGGUUUUAAUCUUUACUGUAUUUUUUUUAAUGAAUUUUUUUUCCUUAA